ACUGGUUCAGCGGAAGCCCAAAUAAUAAGAGGUGAGAGGGAGCAAAUAGCAGUGGUGUGAUUGCAAUCAUUGGAGCAUCCCGUGACUGCCUCCCUGCACACACUGUGAGCAGUUGUAGUUUACCAGAUGAGUGGAGGGCGUGUGUGAAGAGUCUCUGUUUAUAGACAUCCAGACGGAGGAGAAAUCUGUUUCAGCAGCUGUACUACAGAUCAGAGGGACACAUGCUGGGUCAUCCCGCCUCUGCCAUGUGAUUUUCAUUACAGCAACUUGGGGAAGAGUUCAACUGUGGAAAGGCUUAAGUGCUGCAAGCGAAAAUACAUGAAGAAGCAAGGAAAAGGCAACACUGCUGCCAGCAUCCCCCUGUCAUCCCCACCAGGGAGCAGCAGUGUGCAGGUCUACCAUGACUACCAGAGUGUGGCUUUUAAGAUGCCUCCUGGGAAUGGUCAUGCUAUAGAAAAUGGCUCUCACACCAGGAGAGACCAGGUCACCGGCCGAGAUGGUACAGGCAAGAUGUCCUCUGUUCCAGACCUCAUCUCUAACAGCCAGGACCAGAGGUACGGCAUGAAAUACGAGAGUGGUCAAAGGAACACGUGGAUGAUGGAUUCGAGCAGCCAGGCCUAUUCGGGGCCAGAGGACAACUCCACAGACCCGCAUGAGACCCUGACAGAGACUUCCACUCUGACCUUUGUGGAUGUCCACACCCUGGAGGGAUCGGAAGAGAACCACAGCCUCCACGGGAUGGGGAUGGUUUACCUCAAAGAGUUUGUGCUGAUAGAUGAUGAUGACGAUGGAGACAUGUCGCUGAGAGAGAAAACGGUGACAGACUUGUCCAUCAUGGAUGGAAAAGCUGCUGACCUGGUGUGUGGGAGGCUGUUGUCCACCUCCAGUGGUUCACUGUGUGAGGAGGAAUCUCCGGCUCCUGCAGCACCUCCACCUGAGGAAGUUGAGACUGCACAUGAAAAGAAACGCUGCUGUUACUGCACUCUUUUAUGACCAACCAGGACCCUACAGCAGUUCCUGUGUCCAAGAUCAGGACUGUGAAGCUGUCCCAGACCACUCUGUUCUGAUCACUCUGGCAAAACACUGGGUUUAUAUGUGUUCCUGUUGAAGUGCAGAGCACAUGUAUAUGGUGAGAUAAUGAUAAUGUGGUGUGAUUUUGUUUUCUGAAUUUUUCUUUUACUGAAAUUUUCUGGCAUUGAUUUUACAGAGCCAUUAUUGAACAUUAAAGCUUCAGUAGGCAGUAUAUUUUUGGCAUCAUUGGGCGAAAAUUCAA